CAAUCAAGCACAAGACCUGUCAAUGACCCUCGUUCCAGAAGGAUUCGAAGCGAUUUCCUUCGGAUUGAGAGCUUUUGACAAAUCUCGUGCUCGAUUGGAAUGACGCUGACAGAUAAAUAAUAAGAAUAAGAUAGAGAUGGCGAGUCUUUAUCCGUAGGGAUUCAGCGUCUUUAGUUUCACCCAAGUCGGAAGGUUGACAUUUUCUAUAGACAAACAAAUCGAUAUUAAAGAAGUUACUUAGAGGUAAAUCACUGAAUUUAACGCGAUUUUGUAUUUAUUUUUAACUUAUAUAGUAUAAAACAUAUAGUUAUAAAUUUACAAGUUAACAAAUAUAGUGAAACCAUGAACAACAAGGCAAAUAAUGGUUAUCCGUAUGAUGCGGCUCAAUCAGCAGCUUAUCAACAAUACGUGAACAGCCAAAUUCCAGCACAUGCACAGCUGCCUCCAUCGUAUAAUUCCGUGGUUACUAGCAUGACACCAGCAGGUUAUCCACCGUACCCUCCGGGGAUUGUUCACCAGCCAUUUUACACCAACAAUUGGAGCGUGAAUCCGUCCGCACCACAGGCUGCCCCAAUGCAGUUCGCAACUCACCAUCUUCCUCCGCCGCCGUACGCUGCAGCAGCACAACAGGCUGCAGUCGCGGCCAUUCCAGCGCAAUCCGUACAUCCGACAAUGUACCAGUAUCCUAUUGCAACUGCACCCCAAGCACAACCACCACAGGUGUAUCAGGCACAGAUUUAUCCGGUUCAGGGCACAAUGUACGACGCUGGUGCACGUUUCGGUAAAACAGGCGGCGCUACAACCAUUCCUCCGCCACCACCCGGUAUUGCUCCAACUGCGGCCCAGAUUGCCGCCAUGCAGGGUCAACAGGUUGUGAUGACGAAGAAAAAGAACAACUUCAUUCAUGGUGGUAACGGAGCCGGAUUUACAUUCUGGUAAAUCAGGUACAUAAGCGUGGUUGAGUCAGCUCAGAGAAUCCAAACCAAAACCCGUGAUUACCCUUGAUCUACUAUUGUGUUUUGAAUAGUAGCACUGGUUAGUCUUUUUUUGUUUGCUCGUGAAAAUAGGAAUUUUUCGCUCCUUCAACGAAUUCUGCCGAGGCGAUGCAAUUCAUGUUUUGAAUUUUAGUUAACUUUUCGAGUUUCAUUAUUUUAAUUGUCUUUAGCAUUUAAACAUCGAUUGUAUGCGAUGAACAUGUAGCAAACGUGGAACUGAAGCAAAAUGAAUUUCAGGAAGUGAGGACAAAGCGAAUUGUAUUACGAAUUAUGUAUGACUACAAAACUAACGGCACAGAAAUAUACUACUAGACAGACUAGAGUUAUUUAAAAAAAAAUAUUAACCACGGUAAACAUUCGAAAGAGAAAACGAAUCCAGAACAAGCUUAGAAGUUUGCCAACGUACCAAGUGAAACGGUUUAGGCCGGAUUGAAGUAUUCAAUAGUAAAAUAUUAUUCCCCAACACACUAGGAUCAACAGCUUUUGAAGCUAUCUAAUAUUAUAAUAAACGAAUGAGUUAAAACAAUAAAAAGUACAUUGCAGCAAUAGAGCCGGAGAAA